AUGGUGGCAAGGGCAAAGUUAAGAAGCAGCCCUCAGAAAGAUCGGCUCCGCAAUCGGCGUGCCUCCUGGUCAGUUGCAGCUGCCACCUGCUACGCUGGCUACGCCGGCUGUCACUGUUUCGCAGCUGAGAUGGCCAACCGGGCCAUUCCAGAGAACUCUCCACGGGUACGAGGCAUCGACGAAGGCCUACGACGGCGAGGAGAAGGUGGGCUCGACGCACGUGACGCACGCGAUGCCCGUGAUGUGGACGCGGCGGUGGCCUCCGACUCGACAUCAUCAGCCUCAGGCUACCGGAGCUGCCUCCGAGCGCUCUCCUUUCUGGGAGUGCACCGUGCCUGUGGCUUUCUGACAGCUAGGAGGCGGAGCCGCCAGGACCGGGACGGCAACCUCAGCUCUCUGCGUGCCUCCGAGUUGGCUGGCGAGGCCAUGCUGGAGAGCUGCCCGCCGCCGGUGCUCUACAAACAGCGCUGGGUGCAGCUGGCUUUCCUGGCCCUCUUAGCCUUGCUGAGCGACCUGGUGUGCUUUAGCGUCGCUGCCACGCCAGCGACCUGGACAAAGGUGUUCGGCCAGGAUCCUGCCACCCUGAUCGAUAUCUUCCUGUUCACAAAUGUCUUCGCUUGCUUCAUUGAGCCCUUUAUCAUUCGCACUUUCGGGCUUCGCAUCCCCAUUGUGGCAGCAGCUGUGCUCAUGGCAGUGGGCUGCUGGCUUCGAUCGGGCCUUCCCUUCUCGGGAGAUGAGCUGCCAGGAUACGGGACAGUCGUAGCUGGGACCAUGCUCGUGGCAGUGGCACAGCCAUUUUUCCAGUGCACGCCGCCAUUGCUGUCGGCAACCUGGUUCGCGCCUGACGAGCGAGCGAUGUCCACGGCUGUGGCCAUCAACUUCAACCAGGUGGGCAUCGCUGCUGCUUUCAUCGCGGGCGGCGCAAUGGGUGGGUCGGAAGCGGGACUGAAGACUUACUUCGUGGCCAUCACCUUACUCUCAACCGUGGUUGCGGCGGCAUCCCUGAUCUUCUUCCAGGAGCGACCGCCCACGCCACCGUCAGCAUCGGAGUUGGAAAAAUUGCUCGCAGAGAAGUCAGAGAAAUCGGGUGCCCUGAAGGCUGAGGUCGAGGGGAGCAAAGAGGCGAGCAAGGCGAAACCCGAGGACAGCUUCCCGAAGGAGGCUUGGCGGCUGAUCACUACCCCGGGCUUCCUACCUCCCCUGGCUGCCUUCGUCACUUCCAUUGCUGUCACCAAUGUUGUUGGCGCAUUCAUGGACCUGAAGCUGCAGCGCGCGGGCUUCACCGACGCGAUGGAGGUGGACAUGGCGGGCGCAGGCUUCGAGGUAGCCAUCGUGAUUGGAGGCAUCAUUCUUGGCGGCCUCGUGGACAGAAACAAAGAGUACAAGUCCGUGACCAUGUGGUGCAUCGCUGCGACGCUCGUGGGCGUGUUGCUGCUUGGCAUUGAGUCGCUGCCAAGGAGCGCUGCGCUCGUCGCCCUGCUAGCCAUCGGCUCCUUUGCCGGCCCGGUCCAGCCCAUCAAUGCGGAGCUCGCUGUGGAGGUCACGUACCCCUGCGAUGAGAACGCCAUUGAAGCUGUACAGCAGCUCUGCGGCAAUUUGGUCUCUGCUCUGCUGGUGCCCGUUUGCGAGUGGGCUGCGGAGCUAAAGUUUUCUCUUCCAGGCUCGGACGGGUACCUCAGAGGCGACACGCUGCUGCUGUUGGGCAUCCUGGUUGUGGCCUGCACCUCAAGCAUACCUCAAGCCACAAAAGAAACAAACCCCCUCAUCGUCUGUUGA